AUGUGCAUCUGUACAUGCUUUGUCAUCAGCUACAAGUUCCACUCCCCUCUAGCCCCUGCAUGUGGCCUUAUACUACACACAAGCGGCUUCACAGGCAUGGACACUAGAGCUGGAUACGCUAUCAUGGAGCAUGGUCAUCAUCAUAGUGCUAUUGGCGAGUCGAAGCCACCCAAGAGUGCUGUGUACGAGUUCCUCUCAGCUGAGCAACAACAGGAGGCCGACGACUUUCUCAAAUCGGAAAUCCUCCCAGAAGUCAGGCGACUAUGGUUGGACUCAGACGUUGAGAAGGAGUUCGAGGACGAGUGGCUGAAUAAUGCGGCACCGAUUACUACAGAUGAUGUGGCCCUCAUGGAGAAAGCCUUGGAGGAGGUACAUGAAGCUGCAAAUAGCAAUAAUACGUCGAAGCAUGUUGAGGCUAGAGAGAGGAAAAUACAGUCAGUUAAGGAGACGAUAGACAAACAGGAAGAGGAUCUAGCAAAGGACGAGAAGCGGCAGAGGAGAGGUCUCGGGCUCAAGCUUCCUGAGGCUACUAAGAGACAGAAGCUUCUUAUUGCGGUACUACCUAACAGAACAGCCAGUGACAUACUCUGCACUUUCCCAGAGGAGAUACUACCAGGGCCCAGGCUGUACAACAUAACCCUCCGUCUAGCAUGGUGA